AUGUCGUCCCCUUCAUUCUCGAAUACGCCUCUUCCUCACGACAAUGCCCGUCGUAGGACUCGACGUCGGCCUCAUACCGACUUGAAUAUCAACACAAACACUGCAUCCCUUGCCUCGCCACUGCCUAGGGAAAGAGAGUCCAUUCCACAGCCUAGGACGCCGCCUCCUCAGGACUCAGAUUAUCGUUCGUCGCAGUCCAAGUCUAAGUCUAAGUCGUCGUCGCGCAAUACCCAUAUCAGUACCAGCAAUCGGGCGCCUACCAAAUUGCCGGCUCACACGCAUGAGUCCUUCUUAGAGAACGCUACUCCUGUCGAGGAAGAUAUGGCCGAUCGCCUACCAAAAUCUACUGCCCAUCGCGACUCCCACGACUUGUCGCUCUCUCCUCGCAACGUUACCCGAGACUCUCUUGUGGCUAACAUGCUCAUGUCUCUCGACCAAUUCUCCAUGGCACAAUUGAGCGACAAGUACGGCCCAUCAUCCACACCCGGUUCACGUUCACAUACCUUUGACGAGACAACACCGCAGUUCGUCGCCUCUGAGCAGACCAGAAGUUGGGUAGCCUCCACUUCUGUCGCAGGACCACCUCGACCCGCUGGGCACCAGUACUCUUACAGCUCAGACCUAGAAGGUGCAGACGACUCCAGCCGUAAAUCAAGCCGCGGCCGACGAAGUAACAGUAGUUCCAACUUCCAAUCGAGCUUUCCGCGCCUCAAUAGCGUACGCGAAGGUCACAAAGCAGGCUCAAGAGCCAUGCAUUCAAGAGGGGGAAAACCGGGCAGCAAGAGCAGCAGUACAGCCAGUGUCGACGCUGGUUAUGUUCAGGUUCUUGGAAGCCAGCGGUACGGACGCGGCUUUGGACGAUCUGCUAGUUUUGACUAUGGUCCUCAGCAACAACCAUCAACAUCACAACCCCCAGUGGUCGAAACUCCCCCCUUUCGAGUCGAGUUCCCGAAUAGUUACAUCGACGAUGAAUACGAUGCAGCCCCGACCCCCAAUGUGCCGGGAGGCCCACGACGGGAACCGUCGAUCCCUACGAUGUCGGUACAACCCUCGACCAUCCCACCACCGAUGCCGCCAGCACCUCUUGAGCUCCCAACACUUGAUCAUAAACGCAGCAGUCGCUCACUAAAAAGUGUAUCGGGACGCAAACCUGCUACUUCACGGGAGCCGACACCUGCUGUACCAGUAUUGGACCUCGAUUCGGCGCCUGCACCCAGCGUCGGCUAUGGGAAGUCAAAGGAGGCGGCCGUGCACAGCGGCCCAACGCCUGCAACACAUGCACCUGCACCCGUCAAGGAACGUCCAGGGUUUUUCAGGAGGGUGUUUGGCUCAUCCCGUAACAACUCACAUAACAGCGUCGAAGCAACAAAUCCUCCAAUACCACAAUCGAAUCCUCCCGUUGAGAACAAGGUGGCUGGUAACGCAUCAACGCCACCUUCUCGCGAUACAUCCUCAUCACACUCUCAUCAUCCUACAUUACAAAAGAAGCCGUCGUCAUUCUUCCGCCGUCGCAAGAAGUCCGUCACUGAAGACACACCUCCGCUACCUACAAUGCCUACCGCACCUGUGCCCACAGCUGUGCCCAACUUGGCUCCCCAGGAAAGAGAUGGCAAUUUCCCACCACAUCCAAGUCCAGUCAGCAGUUUACGCAAGGUUAUGAAUCCGUAUCUCCGAUCUGGUCAAAAUCCACAAGGUACACCUGGCCCCCAAGGGCCAUCCCCACUUGCCGAUAUAUCAAACAUGACCCCGGAACGAGAUGACAGGGCCGAAGAUAGAGAAGAGUAUAAGAGAGAAUUCUCGCCUGAUUAUUCGCCAAGCCCCAAUGCUAGGAUCAGGACUGUCCGUUCCGGGUCUGAUGAACAACUCGACAAGCGAAAUAACAUGGAUAUGACGCCCUCCCGACCUCCACCCGAGAGGCCUACCAAAACCUUCGAGUCACGGAACAACUCUUUCCUCAACCUCGAUGGAAUGAGUGACAACGAGGAGGAGCGUGGACUAUCGAGCCGAAAGCUAGCUAGCAUGUCCAAAUCCAAACCUGAAAGCACUCCAGCUAGAGAUAUUCCCCGAGGUGGCAAAGAGCAGACCAGGUCGAGGAAGUCUUCCCAGCAGCCUGAACAGUCUGACUCGGAGGAUGAGCACGGCCGCUCCAACUUGGCACUGCCCAUCGAAGGAGCCCGAGCCUCUAGUCCAGGAUCAGCUUCAACCGGUACAGAUUAUAAGUCUGCUCUCAGUGCUCCCCCUAGUGUAAGAAUUGAAAGUUCGGCGGACCCUAGUCCGAAGAUGCCCGGAACUUUUGACGCUAUCAAGAAUAAGGGAAUUGACGAGCCUGAGUUUGUCAUCGGUGAUCCGACUGAGGAUGACCGUCAAAAGGCCCAGAAGAUCUACGACGGAAACGAGGAUUUCAUCUCAAAGGAGAAGGCUGCUUCAUUUAUGGGUGAAGAAGGUCCAAUUAGACAACGCACACUACAAGCUUACAUGGAGCUUUACGAUUUUACCAACCAGAGCAUUGUCCAAGCUCUGAGACAAGUUUGUGGACGAUUGAUCUUCCGCGCAGAGACUCAACAGGUUGAUCGCAUCCUGGUGGCCUUUUCCAAAAGAUGGUGUGACUGCAACCCUCGCCAUGGGUUCAAAGCGACUGAUGUCAUCCACACCAUCUGCUACUCAAUCAUGCUGCUCAACACUGACCUUCAUAUGGCCGAUAUCGAGCAUAAGAUGACCCGCAGUCAGUUCAUCAAGAACACCAUGGCGACCAUUCUGCAGGCCGUCGACGAAGCGGCACCUGAUGCUUUCCACCGCCCAAGCAUUCUCCCCGACGGAAACGAUAACCAAGAACACCCUCCUGAGCAGGAUCGAAGGUCAUUUAGGCACUCUUUCAGACCACCAGCCCGUGCAGACUCGGGCACCUUGCCCGCCGAAGGUAUCGAAGAUUGUGGUCCAUUGAUCAAGACACCCUUUUCAGGCACGAGAAAGGCGUGGGAGGAACAGAUAGAAACUGUUCUUAAGGGAAUCUACACAUCCAUCAAGGAGGAACGACUGCCGUUGUUUGGUGCCGAGUCUGAGAAGAACGCCAACUUGCAUCCAACCAACAGUGGUCUCUCGGUGAUGGGAAUGCUCAAGAGAUCUCCCAGUGUCCUUAGUAAGGCUCCCUCGGAGAGUCAAUUAUCUGUUCGCGGUCGCAUUAACGAGAAUGGUCGAAACACGACAGGAAGGUGGACAUCCAAGAGUCGAUCUCGUGCUGCAAUGAGUCGCAAUGGCUUCUCCUCCAGUCGUACCAGUUUCGAUGAUGGAAACUCAUUGUGGAGUCCUACAGCAUCUUCGGCUACUUGGAGUCGUCACUCGUUGGGAAGGACUCAGACUUCUGUUUCGCAGGAUUCCUUUGGUUCUCAUCUCCCUCGCAACGACUACCAGCAAUCAAUUGGUUUCGCAAAUGCCUUGAGUCAGGCUAUCAUUCGGGAUGAGGAAGUUUAUGGAGAUGGCGCUCCGUCCAUCAUGAGCUCGGAUCUCCCCGCAACUCAACUACUCGAGGAUGAGUCUCUUGAGCUUGCCGGGCCCCCGUGGGUCAAGGAGGGAAUGGUCACUCAUAAGCAUCACUUGGAUGGCGUGGACAAGAAGGCCAAGGCUAGAAAUUGGUCAGAGGUCUUUGCUGUCAUCCAGAAGGGACAGCUCAAUCUCUUCUCGUUCCAGCCCAACAAAUCUGUCCGUGCGAGAAACCGGGGCAGAAAUGCUCGCAAUGGUCCUGCUAUCGUUGGUGGUGGCAACUGGCAAGAUAAUGCAACGAAUCUGGGCUGCUAUAACCUCCGACAGACUCUAGCGUCCGCCCUUCCACCACCAGGAUACUCUCGGGCUCGGCCUCAUGUUUGGGCUCUAAGCCUACCUAACGGCGCUGUUCAUUUGUUCCAGGUUGGCACACCCGAGAUUUGCAAGGAGUUUGUUACUACAGCCAACUACUGGAGCGCUCGACUGAGCACCCAUCCGUUGACUGGUGGCAUAAGUAACAUCGAGUACGGAUGGAGUGAGGCCAUUGUCAACAAUGCUUUGGUAUCAGCCAUCAACGAGACGGCCCCGGGCAAGACAUCUCGUCCUGGAAGCAGCGCAGCACAUGGCCGAAGAUCCAGCGUCAACAGCGGCAGCUUCCGCAACUCGAGCUUCGAUCAUGUCGCGGGUGCUUUCACCAACAACAGUGGACGUGGUAAGCUGCCAGGCGACCGCAUUCACAUUGCAGAGUGGACACCACCAACGCAGAGCAUGCGGCCCAGCAAUCAGCAAGAAGCAGACCAGCUUCAGACUCUGGAUGCUUAUGUUAAGGGUAUCGAGGCAGAGCUACAGACGCACAACCGACUUCGCAGCCCCAUGCUUUUGGCGUUUACCCCUAGAGGCAGCAACGCUGUGAAGGCUAUGGCUAACUGGGAGCGCAAGAGCGCAUAUUUACUUCGAGAAAUCGUCAAAUUCACUACAUACGUCGACUGCCUCCGACAGGCCGAGUUACGAAAGCAGGAAAUCUAUUCCGAGAGAGACCUGGCGCAACGAGCUGCGCGAGGUGAACUCAGUGAGGGUGACAUGGAUGUCAGCAGCGAGGACGAAGGAGACCUGACUCUGAGACCCUAA